AUGAACUCUCAUAGUGAGCUUAAAUUUAACCCACAAGGAGUUAUGGGGAGAAUGGAAUGAUUUAGAGAUUUAAGAAGAAUCUUUAAUAAAUUUGGAAUACAAGAAAACAAAAACUCCGAAAAUGACAUAGAUUCAAUUCAAAAAAUUCAAUUAUUAGAAGAGCUUAAUAAUCGAGCUCACAAGUUCGAGCUACAAUCUCCUUCUGAUAUUGAUGCUAACUCGCCCCUUUAAGACGAGCAAAAAUUAUAUAUGAUAGCAUAGUUCAUCCUAUUAAAUUUUAGACAGUACAAAUUAAAUUAAUUUUUUUCCCAUGUAUUUGCUAAUUGGAAUUUUGAAAAAAAAAUUUAAUAUACAAAGUUUUAUCCAACUAAAGAGCAGUGAAGAAAUUUUUACUCAUUCUAAAAGGGGUAAUAACUCAACAACAUAUUUUAGCUUUGAAGAAGUCUUAAACUGUCUAAAAUCGUCUGAUUCUAAAAUUUUGACAUGAGACAAAGUCAUUGAUUUGCUGAUAUCAUUAUCAGUCACACUAAAAAGCAAAAAAACCCAGAGAAAACCUGAUAAAAGUUACUAUAGAAAUCCUUCAAUAGAUAUAGAAAAUCCUCAGCAAAUAGAAGUAACACCUUAUACGAUAGAUGAACUUUCAAGUAUUCUAGAUCAAGCAAAUGCUCCGCCCAAGCCGUAUCAUGGAUGCUUAUCGUUAAAAGAUUUAAGGACCCCUAUUAAAAGCUUUAGGGAAACUCCAGAUGAUAGAAUUAAUAAUACACUUUCUCGAUGCUCUAGUUCAAUAAAACUCUUGUGCAGUGAAAUCGAAAACUAUGAGAAAAUAAACUCACUCACCCCUUUUAAAUUGGAACAAAAUGCAGGAAAAAUUUCCUUAUUUUGGGUAUUUAACCCCCUUCAAAUUGGAAACAUUUUUUUAAAUAGGAAAUCUUAUAAGUGAAAAUCUAAUUUUAUAAAAUUAUUUUUGACCUAAUUAAUUGGUAAAAGUAGAAUAUUAUUUAAACAGUUUUUACACUGAAUUAAUUAAAUUUUCAAUUAUAAAUUCAUAAAAUAAAUUAAAAUUCAAAAAGAUUGCAUUCAAUUUAUAUUUUUUUAUUUUUAAAACAAUAAUUAACCCGAAACAGGAUUUUUUGUUCCAAUUUCAAAGGGAGGGGAGCCAGGGAAUUCUUAUGAUUUAAGUUUUCCUGGAAAUAAAAGCUCUAUUGUCCCAGAAGCAAAAUUAAGAAAAUAUGGGAAUUCACUAUUAUAUCUAAGUUUGGCUGGGAAUUUAUUGACUCAUACAAAAUGGGAGUUUCCUGAAUCGCUGAUAAUUUUGAAUUUAGCUUCAAAUGAAAUCCAAGAAUUUAGUAUGUCCAAAAGCUUGCCAAGCCUAAAAUUAUUGAACUUAAGCAAUAAUAGAAUUAGAACUAUUGGAACUUUGCCAAGGAUUAAAGAAAUAAUUGAGCUUUAUGCAGGCUAUAAUUGCUUAACUUCAGUAAGUACCUUAUGCAAGCUAGAAAAACUUAAAAUUUUAGAUAUCCAGCAUAACUCGAUAUCAAACUUUGAAGAUAUUGCGAUAUUAUCAAUAAAUCCAAAGCUCACAACUAUGAAUAUAAAAGGAAAUCCUAUAGAAUCUCGACUUAAUUUUCAAGAGUCAAUAAAAAUAACUCUACCGAAAGUUUACAACUUAAACCCUACAAGUAUUUUUGAAUUUUCUGAAUUUAAAGAUUUUGGAUAUAUGCCUUUUAUUCCACUCAAAAAACCUCCAGAGCACUCUAAGCCAUAUCGUCCAAUAGGCCCAGAUUCUUCUAUAAAAGAGAAUUUUUCCAUUGAAACUCCUCGGCCAUUAACGCCUGUAAAACCUCAAAGUGUUUCUUAUUCCCUCAACAGUUCAAAAAUCCAAGAAAGUUUUAUAAGUCUAUCAGAGAGAACCAAGAUUGCAGCUGCCCCUCAAGCUUCUUUUCGUAGCACAAAGCAUGAUGAAGAAGAGUUUGAAACCCCUAUAAAUUUCUCACUCCCCCUCCGUGAGCAAAAAAAAAAUUGGACACUCACAGGGCUUAUUUUUUUUUUUAAAAAACUUAUAAAUUAUUUUGUAGUAAAUUUUUUUUCGAAAUUUGAAAAAAUCCCAAUUCGCAAUAUUUAGAGCAAAUAUAAUUUAAUUUGCAAAAUUAUGUUUUAAAAUGCAAUUUGUUUAAAAUUAAACAGGAUUAGCUCGAGACUUCAUUAUACUAAUUAUCAGUUAUAUAUCAAAAUUUUUUUUUAUAAGAAAUUAUUUGUUCGCUUACUGAUGGUGGGUUUUUAGGCAAAAAUAAGGGAUUUUUCAAAUGUUUUUGUUCGCUCAUGGAGGGGGAGUCAGAAAUUCCUUUUCAAAUUCCAACACCUAGGAGUGAAGAAUUUCCAUCAAGGCAAAGAUCUCAAUCAGUGACUAAAAUUUCUAUGGCUAAUUCAAUGAGCCAGAUGCCGGCCAAUAAAUAUUUAGUAUCACAAGGACACAAUACGGAAAUUAAUUCAGCCCAACAUAAUAAAAGUGAUGUUGAGAGUUCUUACAAUUCAAUGCCUCAGGCAAAGACACUUUCUAAACUAUUUGAGAGUUCCAGAAAUAAAAACAAAGAAGAUGCAUAUGAAGAAAUGAUGAGCUUUAUGUCACAAGCUGAAAAUAGAAUUAAAAAGGAGCCAGAAAUAAAAGAAAAUUUCAUUGAAAGUGCUAUUAAUGCAGCAUCAGCCCCUAUUUUAAAAUUCAAAAAUGAAUAUGGGAUUAGACCUGUAAAGGUAAACUAUGGAAAUCCAGAAGCUGCAUUAAUGAUUGGACCACCUGCUAUAAAACCUCAAGUAAAGCAAAAACAGUCUGAAAGUGCUUAUGACAGGACCCAGUAUGAAGGGAUAAGAGCCAAAGGAAAUUCUAUGAUGUAA